AUGAAUACGAGCUCCAGGGUGAUCGGGCUACGGUACCGGCUGUGGAAACCAACCAUACCACGGUUUUCAUCGCCGAAGAAACCAUCACGAAAGACCCAGACACCGCCAACCCCUUCAAAAUUGGCAUCGCUACGGCCUCACCUUCGCACUGAUCUUCCUCCUAAGAUCAAACUGAAAGAGCUCAAGACUCGCCUUUCCCAAGCAUUAACGUCAUCGGAACCAUUCACCGCCGAUGACUUUGACAUCUUAAGCAACACUAUCAAGGAAAUCAACAAAGGCACGCCACUUUCCGAUGACGAGACCGUCGAUUUGUUCAUGGUUCUGGCAGAUGCACUUCUCGAACAGGUUAACCAACCAGGGAACCGAAUCAAAAUGCCAAAGUACUUAUCUCAAAUGAUUUCCCAAUUACUUACACGGCAAGACCUUGACACGAGAGUUUUGACAAAGUUGGUAUUGAUGGGUGCGGCUAUGACCAGUUUGCCCGUAGCUCUUAGCGGGUUGGCUCGAACUCGAGAUCUUCCGGAAGACUUUUUGGGUCAAUUAAUAAGUCAGCUUCCUCAAAGCUUGCAGACUUACGAAGACAUUGCUGGCGUUUUCCAUGAUAAACUUUACAGUCUCAAUGAUGACUACUACCGCCAGCUUAUGGCUCACAUUGAGCUGAUUUACGCUGAAGAAAAUCCCGCAGUACAUGAGUAUCUUGACUUGGAACGGAGCGUAGAUCGCAUCCAAUUGCUCAUGAACAGUCUUGUCGAACAUAGCGAUUUGAGCCAUCUUUCUACAUCGACUUUGCUACAGCUAAUGAAGAUGAUCUUCGAGUUACAGCUGGUUUCUAAUUGGCCAACAGCAUCAGCCAACAUCAAAAAGCUUUUAACAUUCUUGGAUAAUCCAGCAAAGUAUCUGGAGAUUCGCCAAGUGUUAUUUGCCCAAGCCCUCGAAGAUGAACAGUUGAUUGAGACUGUGUUGCGUUUAGCUCAUCAAGAUUUUCCUAAAUUAGCGAAAAUGCUUCGAGAGUUUGUAUCUGAACAUGAUGUGAAAUUCUCCCCAGAACUCCAGAAUCAAUGCCAGCUUUACGAUAUUGUUCAUUCUUCUCUUUCAGAGGAUGAGAAAGCCAAGCUGAUGGAAGAGGCACUGACAGAUAUCGAUCAAAUGAUGUUGGCAUUGUCUACCACUAACCUCAAUGUAAGAGGCCAUAUCUACCAAGUUCUCACCGCAUCAGUGGGCUCAUCAGCAUACCUGUACAAAUAUCUCAUUGAUAAAGCAAUUGCUGAUGAUGAUCAUGUUAAAGCCAUCAACUUAUUCGACGAUUCCCUCGAAAGGUUUACUGAAUGGGCGACGAUGACUGACCCCAGCAUUGUCAACACCUUGAAUAACUUGAUUGAAAUCUUGUGUCGCCAUAUGGACGAUGCCAUGGCGAUUUUCCCUAUCUUUACUAAAAUCAAGCAGAACAUGCUGACACCGCAGUGCUCUCCUGAAGUGAUCAAAGCUUUCGCUCAACGAAUGUUAGAGCAGGAAUUAGUGGGGGAUACUAUCGAAAUGCUCAAGCGUGAAUUACCUAAGAUGAGCCCCGACAGCCCGAUUAAAUUACCUAGUGACCAGCCGUUUGGAUACAAGUAUAACGAGUUGUUCAACGUGCUUCAUAAUUUUGCCAUCACUUAUACCAACGAACUGACUCAUGAGACGAAUUGGGUUCUUUAUGGUGAGCUUCACAAGUACUUUACCGUUCCCAAUGAAACCUACCUCCCCGCGAUGAAAUUCUUUUGUGAGCACAACAGACCAAAUGCUGCGCUCGUGAUUUUACGACAAAUGAACCAUCUUCACGGCUUGCAUGGAGACCACCAGCAUUUGCCACCCCUGAAGGACGUUUAUAAGUAUUUGUUUGAACAAUUUGGUGAUCAACUCUACGAAGAAGGGGUGAUUGAAGUGCACGAAUCGUUCAAAAUGGAUAUCAACAUCGAGCAAGCCGACCUAGAGUUGCAAAACACGAUAUUGAAUGCGUAUGCAAACCUUCAAGACGUGGCUCGUACUCGGGACUUAUUUCUCAGUCUUGUUCCUCAUGGGAUCAAUCUGGAGACCGCCACAAUCAUGCUCAAAGCUUACACUUACAACGACAUGAGCUACGUGAAAGAGUUUUUCAAUAACCUUUCCCAAUUUGACUUGGUAGCAGACGAUAAGAUAUGCCAACAAUACCUCAUAGCCCAUGUGUACCAUGGGUUAGUGGAUGAGGCCAUUGACUUUACCCAAAAAAUGGAAGACGAGUACGACGUUACUGUCACUCUGAGCACAAUCAUUGCGCUCCAUAAUUAUUGCAUUGCCCAAAACGAUCAGAAGCGUAUCGACGAGUGGGCCCAGCAAGAGUUUCCUCAACAAUGGCAAGCUGCCAGCACCCUGGGCUUGCUUCGCUCCGCGACUGACUACAUUCCCGAUACCAACUUAUUAGCCGAGCCUGUAAAUAGCUAA